AUGCGUCUGGGCAUAAUAAUGGGUAUGCAUUUGAAUGUACCAGAAUUUCAGCUCAGUGAUCGAGAGGCAAGAGAGCAUCGGAAUCGGGUCUGGUGGACAGCGUACAUAUUCGAUCGGAUGUGGGCGUCGAGGCUCGGUCAGCCGGUGUCCAUACAGGACGAUGACGUUGAAGUUGAUCUACCAUCCAGCGAUGGGCUGGCUGGGACAUACUCCGGGGACUUUGGAGACCCCGAAUAUCUUAUUGCCAACAUUCGGCUGGCUAAGCUGGCAGGGCACAUCAUUACCUCUAUCUACGCUAGGAGGAGGCAGCAAGGAGCCUUCUCUCAGAGGGUUCAACAAGCGCUCAGGGAUCUUAGAAAUUGGGUCAAAGACCUGCCAAAUCGUUUGCAACUAGACACGGAUGAGCCUUCACAAACAGCACCGAACCUUAUUGUAUCUCUGCAUCUUUCCUUCAACCAGUGUGUGGUCCUAGCAACCAGGCCAGUUCUAUUGCAAGUGCUUCGCACCUACCGAGAGUCAUGGAGCAAACCUCCAAGCGACCCAAGACCUCAAAUUCCUGAGUCUGCUCUGGCUCUUGCGGAGACAUGUAUUCGGUGCGCUCGACAUUCCUAUCGUCUUCUAACGGAGGCCUGGAUCGACGGAUCCUUCGCAACAUUUAGCUAUUUCAACACUCAAUACCUCUUCUCUGCUGCCACUAUCCUCGCGAUCUCGAGUCUGUUGAAUGACAGGGAUUCCCAAAGCGAUGCAGACGACUUUGAGGCAGCUGCGCAACUUCUCGGCCAACUGGAGCAGAACGGGAACUUCGCGGCUAAGGAGUUCUGCCGGCACAUCGAUGCGAUGAAAGUGAGCAUGAACACAAUCCCUGGCAGAAGGGACGAGGAUGGCAGCGAUCCAAGGGGAAUAUAUCCUGCCAUGACGACUCCACGCAUGCUGGGUGCCAUUCAAGAUACCGGACUACCUUACGCUGGCUCAAUGGUAACAGCGGGAAUGGCUCUGGCGGAACCUUCACUGCAAGAGUUUCUGUCUCAGCCUGACUUCAAUCUUCAGUUCAUGGACACGCCGAUCUACGACGAUGCACUUCAGAGCUUGUAUUGGCCUGAGCUUCCGACUGAAGGUUGGAUGGCUGGAUGA